AUAAAGAAUAGUCCGUUUACUACGGAUGACGAAUUUAAAAAUGUUGAAGCUGAAUGCAGUUUACCUUUUACGGUAGUGACUGAUAUUAAUGUGAUGAUUAGCGAUUUGCAACGAAAACUUAUGGAUGCCGGUGAAAGAUCAUCGACAGAUGCCUCUGGUCCACCUGAUUCGACUGGUCAAAUGCUCUCAUCUCGUUUAUGCCAACUACAUAGCAUCCAAGAAGCACGAAUAGCUUUGAAAUAUCUAUUCAGAUAA